CAACACCUCAUUCUCUCUUUCCAGGUGGAAGAGGAGUUUCACAAUAUAAUCAAAUAUCAAUCUAUGGCGACCUUGCGUAAUACACACACACACACCCACCCACACCCUCACCCUCACCCUCACCCUCACCCUCAAACAAAGACAGAUACUCUCUCUGUAUAGCUUUUAUUGAGUUCUUCUAGGGUUUCAUUUUUUUCAACCCGCGAAUCAGCUAGGGAUCUCUGUGCUCAAGGAUCCCUAGUUCUGUUCAGCUUCCAUACUAUUCCGCCAUGGACUCGUCCGAUUCAAUUCAAUUUGAUAUUUAUGAGAUUUAUAGACGAUAUCGUGACAUUACAUCAGGUGCGUAUGCUUGUGGGGAGGAAGGCCACAGACCAUGUGAUGAAUCACAGAAAGGCAAUUUAUCAAGAGAGGCAUUGAGUCAUCUCUUGAAAUUGGUGGAGUCAAGGGUGCAUACAAGGGUGUCGAUUUUCGAUGAAAUCUUCCAGCUCAUGUCAGGGCUAGACUUGAUGGUUGACUUUUCAGAGUUCUCACGCUUCUAUGAUUUUGUGUUCUUCAUUUGCCGUGAAAAUGGUCAAAAGAAUAUCACUGUAAGUAAGGCAGUAACUUGUUGGAGAAUAGUGUUAGCAGGAAGGUUUAGACUGCUAAACCAAUGGUGCGAUUUUGUGGAGAAAAAUCAGCGGCAUAACAUAUCGGAGGACACAUGGAAGCAAGUUUUAGCGUUCAGCCGAUGUGUACAUGAAAACCUUGAAGGAUAUGAUCCUGAAGGGGCUUGGCCUGUUUUAAUAGAUGACUUUGUUGAGCACAUGUAUAGGAUCAUGGGAUCCAAUGACAAUUCAAACUUAUUUUGUAGCUGUGGUGUAUCGGAAAACCAGCCAUUUGAAGAUCCUCUCCCUGGGUUGAAAAUCUUUCCAGGUUUGAAGAGGAAGAUAUCCGAAGACUUUCAAAGAGAUGAACUGGAAUCCUCAGAUAAAUUUGUUGGCUCCAAGCUCCUACUGAAUUCUAAGAGAAGGCACACUCUUGUCACUGACAAACCAGUGAACUGGGUGGAGAAUUUACUUGGGAAUGCAUCAGAUGACUCCAUGGACAUUGUCAAACACAAUGGCAUGUUAGGUUGCUCAAAGUCUCCAUGUGCCGUUGAAGGUUGUCUAUCCAAGGGAUUUGCGGGGCUCUUCUCAGUGCCUGAAGGUCAAGGAAGCUGAUGACUUGAUGACAGGAAUCAACAACUGAAGUCUUGGUGAACGGCAGCCGUUUGUCUCGUAAUGUGGACUAUCUGCACCUGGACAGAGUCCUAUGCCCUCUAUUAUGAUGAUACAGAUUUGACGUCUUGGGUGAUUCUCUGAGAGUUGUCCAGCAUUGAGUGGUACCAUACAUCAUCCCAAGGAAAACUCAACAAGGCUCAAUUGGCGUAAACUAUCCAUGGAACCUGUAUCUUCAUUGUAUUUGUGACUUUCCUUGUGGAACUGGUCUCUUUAACGAAGUUUUCGUUUUGUGUUCUUGAUUAUUAUUCAAGGUGCUGAUUUAUUUCAGCAAUUUGAUAGACAUGGCCAGACCUCUCACUCUCAAAGAGGUAAGUAUUGUUGCAAGGCCAUUAUGUGAUCAUCUGGAUUAGAGAUAAGAGUGGGUUUUGAUAGUAUCUUUGAAACAUGGUUGCAGUAUGACAUUA